AUGCCAGCAACCAUCACCCGCAUCCCUGCCUUUUUGAUCACAGAGGAUGCCGCGCCAGUGAAUGAAGCAUCAUUGGGUGGUGUAAUACAUUUACGUACGACCGAGGAACAUCCAUUUUAUAUAAGCAAGAUAAAUAUUAGAUUUUUAGGACAAAAAACAAGAGGAUGGUCAGAACCUUACAAUAAUGAUUUCGAAAUUAAACGUAACUUUGAGAAAAUAUGCGAUAUCAAUGUAAACUUAUGGACAAGCGACGAAAACGACGAAUUUAAAAAUCUUGAAUCAAGAAAGAAUAUUUCAAUUAUGGACCCAAUAAUAGAGACAAGAGUUAUGUUAUUAGCAAAAAUUAUAAAUGGAGAUUCGAUUCAUAAUUCAUUAGAAGAUGAUAAUGAAUGA